CAGCAUACUCGCUGGAAGUACAGCAACGUCCGUAUCGUACCGCUUGUUGUUAAGAAAAUCCAUAGUCCCACGCGGAUUCCUCCGGCGUCCAUCCUACCAUCCAUCCAUCCAUCCAUCUAUCUAUCCAUCCACCGGCCUUCCAAGGUUUACACAAGAUCUUUCUCAGCUGGCCCGCUCGUACACGCUUCCACGAUGUCCGCUUUUCCUUCUUCGUUCGGUGACAACGGUGGCGCUUGGCGCGAGCCCCUUCAGGUCAUUAGUGAUUUGCAUGACCCCCGCAAGGAUCCCACGGCUCAUAGCGAGUCCGACAGCGAACAUUCCGCAUGCGCUUGUGGUUCCGACGCUUCCCGCGCUCGUAUCUAUGUUUAUCUUGCCGCUGGCGGCAUCGAUUACAACGGCUUUGGUGUUGCGCUGUAUGGACCUUUCACGCACUUGGAUGCGGAAAUCGCGUUCGGCUUCUUGCGCUUCUGUAUUGAGAUGGGGCUGAACUUUGAUACCGUUUGCAAAGGUUUGGCCGGAAACACUCUCGAACGCACGACCGCCACCGCUUUGCGUUUGCGCUACGCUAUCGACGCCAACCCCUCUCGGUUUGCUUUGCGCGAACUCGGUGAUAUCACCCGCGUUGCGAUCCAAUCGCGUUCUGCGCGCAAUCGAUACCAUGCCAGACCCAAUCGUCAGCGUACUACGGGUCGUCUCCCGCCGGUUCAUGCUGGUGCUUCUCGUCCUGGUGCUGAUGCCGAUUUACGUCCUCAGAGUACUCCUAUCAACCCGUCACCGCAGGAGAUGAUUGUUAUGAUCUCGACGACGGGGGCGGAAGCGAAGUAG